CCCAAAGCUGCAUCUCUGCAUGGAGAUGAAAGAAAUACCUUUAUCUUGCACUUAACAAACGGAUUUCACGUGGUGCUGUCAUGUAUUUUGUGUGUGUCACAGCGCUCUGCUGCCGCUGGCUCGCCCCAUGCUGGGCAGAACCCAACCCUCCCCAGACCCGAAGCCCCUCGUCCCCUUCCAUCUGCUGCCUGGAUUCACCGACAUGGAUCAUGUUCAUAAAGCCCUGAUUGUCCCAGGAUUCGGACUAACAAAGCCGCUGAAAAGGAAGAUCAGUUCUUGCGGAGUUUAUCAACUGAGGUUCAGCUCUGAGGCACAGGCUUCUUCCCACUACACUGGCACCAAACACACAAAAAGGCUGAAAGCAAUGGACGCCCCCGAUUUAAAGAUCAGGACCUCUGAACCGGUUGCCAGGGAAACCACAUCGCAAAUCCUCCCGUCACUCUGCUCACAGCCCUCCAGCUCUGACAAUACAUCAGGAGAACCAACAGCCCCAAACCCUACAUCAGAGGCAUCACCAUCGAGCAGCGGCCCCACUGAAACUGUGAACGAACCCUCUCUCCCCUCCCUGUCACCCAGCCUGAGGACACCAGAGAAAGAGACACAUAGAGAUGGAGAGAUGGAGGUUGCUCCAGAGGAGGAAACAGAAGAAGAGAAAGCUAUACGUCUGCUCUACUGCUCCCUCUGCAAGAUUGCUGUGAACUCUGCCUCCCAGCUGCAGGCCCACAAUAGUGGCACUAAGCACAAGACAAUGCUGCAGGCCAGGAGUGGGGAUGGAGCCAUCAAGUCCUUCCCGAGGGCGGGGGUCAAGGCCAAGUUGGUAGUGCCGUCUGAGGCGCCAACUGGACUCCAGAACAAAACAUUCCACUGUGAGAUCUGCGAUGUGCACGUCAACUCCGAGACUCAGCUCAAACAGCACAUCAGCAGUAGGAGACACAAGGAUAGAGCAGCAGGUAAACCAGCCAAGCCUAAAUUCAGCCCUUACACUCCCACCCAGCGUCACCAGAGUUUCCAAGCAAUACGUCUCGUUCUACAGAAGAACCAUGACCUGACCAAACCUCUGGCCUCCUGUCUCCUACAGCGUCAGCUCUCUGUUGCUGCUGCUGCUGCCAUGGCAACGCUGCCCCCCUUCCCUCUCUGCCCUGCCUCAAACUCAAGCCCCGCCCUAUUUCAGAGUCAGCCCCUCCCCCAGGCGCUGCUGCAUCCGGCCCCUGGACCCAUCUGUUCAGCACACACACCGGUUCUGUUCUCCCCCUACUGACCCAGUCAACGUCUCAAUCAGCUCUGAACUGCAGCUAAAAGCAGACCUGAGCCGUGAACAAGAUGUGAUAUAAGACAAAGCUCUACUUACAACAGAUGCUGUGGGUAUCAUGGACCAGGACUCAAGAUUAUUUCCUGGGCCCAAAACCAUAAAGGAGAUUGCGAUGGAGAAAGUCCAAAGCAGCGUAAACAGGAGUAUUUUCUGAUGUGAGCAUUUGUGUGAAUGUGUUUGAGUGCAUGUGCAGAUAUAGCCAUCAUAGAAGUCCAACUUUUACAACAUGUUUGCUGCACGACUGCUUCAUUCCUCCAGUAAUAAAUACAUUUUAAAGAUGUUUAUAAUCUAUAUGACAAUCAAGAACAUCCAUAUUAAAAUGGACAGUUUAAUUCAGUAUAAAUAUGAA